ACCCAGAUCUGGAGCUCUGAUGAGGAAGCUGCUCACAAAUCUGCCUGCAGCUGCAGUCUUGAGUGCACAGGUGUACAGUGCUGUGCUCCAGGGCCUUUGGGAAGAGAAUGUCUGUGGGACGCCAGGGCGCACAAGGGUCUGUACAGCCCUGCUGCAUGGCCAGGUCUGCCCCUUCCAGGAGAUGGCUUACAGUAGGCUGUCUACUCCAUCGACCAGCACCAUCACCUCCAUUUUGUUCAACUGGCCCCCCGAAAACACUUCGGUUUACUAUCAGCCCCCGCAACGGUCAUCUUUCCGGAUAAAGCUGGCCUUCAGGAACUUCGCCUGGCCUGGACUGGGCUUGGAGGACCAUCAGGAAAUUGUCCUAGGCCAGUUGGUGCUUCCGGAACCCAACGAGGCCAAGCCAGAUGAUCCUGCUCCACGUCCUGGGCAACACGCAUUAACAAUGCCGGCCCUGGAGCCAGCACCACCACUGCUGGCGGACCUGGGGCCUGCUCUGGAGCCAGAGUCACCUGCAGCCCUGGGUGUGCCAGGGCAUCUACAUUCAGCACCAGGGCCAGCACCAGCACCGGCACCAGGGGAAGGGCCCCCUCCAGGGACAGUGCUGGAGCCACAGUCAGCCCCAGAGUCCUCCUGUCCCUGUCGCGGGUCUGUAAAGAACCGACCCAGUGAGGAGCUGCCUGACAUGACGACCUUCCCUCCCAGGCUGCUGGCAGAGCAGCUGACCCUCAUGGAUGCGGAGCUGUUCAAGAAGGUGGUGCUCUACGAAUGCUUGGGCUGCAUCUGGGGCCAACGACAUCCGAAGGGGAAUGAGCACAUGGCACCCACAGUUCGUGCCACCAUCGCACACUUCAACAGGCUCACCAACUGCAUCACCACCACCUGCCUCGGGGACCACAGCAUGAGGGCCCGGGACAGGGCCAGGGUGGUGGAGCACUGGAUCAAGGUGGCCAGGGAGUGCCUAAGCCUCAACAACUUCUCCUCGGUGCACGUCAUCGUCUCUGCUCUGUGCAGCAACCCAAUAGGUCAGCUACACAAGACGUGGGCCGGAGUGUCCAGCAAAAGCAUGAAAGAGCUAAAAGAACUCUGCAAAAAAGACACUGCAGUGAAGAGGGACCUACUGAUCAAGGCAGGGAGCUUUAAGGUGGCCACCCAGGAGAGGAACCCCCAGAGAGCCCAGAUGAGGCUGCAGAGGCAGAAGAAGGGUGUGGUCCCCUUCCUGGGGGAUUUUCUGACUGAGUUACAGAGGCUGGAUUCGGCCAUCCCGGAUGACCUGGAUGGCAACACCAACAAGAGGAGCAAGGAGGUCCGAGUUCUGCAGGAAAUGCAGCUGCUCCAAGUGGCUGCCAUGAAUUACAGGCUUCGGCCUCUUGAGAAAUUUGUCACCUAUUUCACAAGAAUGGAGCAGCUCAGUGACAAAGAGAGAUGGGGUUUCACGAUGAUGUCCAGGAUGGUCUCAAACUCCUGGCCUCAAGCAAUCCACCCACCUCAGCCUCCCAAAGUACUGACGUUACAGCUACAAGCUGUCCUGCCAGCUGGAGCCCGAAAACCCGUAGGCUGGCAACAUCCUGCAGUGGCUGGGAACCCACCGGGAUGCUGGCCAGAACACCGGCUCUGCACCAUCCCUCACCCAGACCGUAGACACCAGGGAACCACAUCCAGGAGGCUGGCAGCUCAGCUGCAUCUUGCUCUGGAUCCUCAUCACCAACUGCUCCUGCUGGCCAGGAUGAGGCCAUGGGACUUUUGCGAGUCAGGCAGGAAACCAUUUUAUGUUUAUUUUCUUUAGUGUAUAAGUAAGGGUUUUUUCUUAACUUUCGUU